UUGUAUAAUUCAAAAAAUCAUAAAAAUAAAAAUAACAAUUAAAAUUAAAAUGAAUCAACACCUACAUUCCCCCACGAAACUCACAGAAUUUGCUCGAGACUUUGAAGAUGAACCUGAAACGAUUUUCGGGCGGUUUGUAAAUAAAAUACAAAAUGCAUAUAAUCAAAGCUAUAAUACUGUUAACGAAGCUCCAAUCUCAACACCAGUACAAGUCUCUAAGUCUGUUUUCUAUGCGGACUCGAAUGCUGCAAAUACAGAAACUACAAAUUUACCAAACCAGAAUCCCGUUUCUGUAACUACAUCUUCGAAUACAACAAUACCACGAACUUCCAAAAAACUUUCUUCGCAAGUUAGUAAUGAUCCCAGUACAAGUUCUGCAGCCAGUAGUAGCAAUACUGAUGAUUGCGCUGCCAAAAUAAGCGAGUUGCCCAUUGAAUCAAACGAAGGUCGUUCCUAUGUAAAUGUUUUAAAGCGAAUAAGUAAUAUAGUUGCUUCAAAAAAUAGUGAUUUACGUAAUUAUAAAGACACCGAUUUGCAGCGUUUUUGGAUGCCAGAUUCAAAGGCGAAGGAAUGUUAUGAUUGUACACAAAAGUUUUCCACUUUUCGUCGUAAACAUCACUGCAGAUUAUGUGGGCAAAUCUUCUGUUCUAAGUGUUGUAAUCAAGUAGUACCUGGAAAAAUUAUUAAAUGUUCAGGUGAACUGAAAGUUUGCAAUUAUUGUUCUAAAAUAGUACUUAGUUACUUAAAAUCACCUAAUAUAGCAGUCGAUUUGCAUUCUGACUUGCAAGCAUUACAGCAAAAUCUUUCGAAUAAGUUAGAAGAUGCAGAGGAAAGCUCCACUUUAAAUGUUUCGGCAACUAAUUCCGGUACAAUUCGCAAAGCUUCAUUUGGUUAUCAAGAAGAGCGUUUAGCUAUAAAUCAAGCAAAUAUUCUUUCCUUCGACGACCGUAAAAACAUACUACAACAGUGUAAUUCGCUAAUAACAUUACAUGAGGAAAUGUAUCAGCUGCUUCCAGCACAAAACUGUGGUGCUGAUUUAAUUGAAUUCUUAAUAUCUAACAAUAAAUCUUCUAAUAAAAGCCAGUCAAUUGCAACACUGAGUGCUAUGCUUGCAGCAGGCUUUCUUCAACCUAUUGUACCUGAUUCUGAGCAAUCGGAGUUUGAUGAACAGCUUCAUUAUAAGUUUUUACCAUCAACAAGACAAAAAAGUGAACUAGCGCCAUUUGGAGAAUUUUCUGACAUAUCAAGUGCUUCUAGUCCACAUUUUGAGGUGAAUACUGAACCACGACCAAUAAAAUCAAUUGACGUUUCUCAAAGUUUUCAUGGUGUGCAGGAUAUGGAGCUGGAAAACUCAAUGCGUUCAACAACAACAACAUCAAAACUAAUAGAAUCCUAUUGCGAUCAUGAGGAGCAAUUACUAACUCAAAUGCUACGUACUUACAAACUAGAUUCACGUUGGAUGGAGGUACUCACACCAUUAUGUAGUCGUGCGGCAAAUCAUUUUAAACCAGAAUACUGUAGCAACGAUCUAAUGGAUAUACGGAAUUAUGUUAACUUUAAAAAAGUACCAGGAGGUAAAAGACAAGAAUGUACAAUUGUUGGCGGAGUCGUUUUUUCUAAAAAUGUUGCACAUAAAGAUAUGGCUACACGUGUAGAUCAACCUCGUAUUCUUUUAUUGCAAUGCCCCAUUGUGUACGAGCGCAUAGAGGGCAAGUUUGUUAGCAUAUCAACAGUAUUAUUGCAAGAAAAAGAAUAUCUUAGCAAUAUGUGCGCACGAAUAAUGAGUUUUAAGCCAAAUGUAGUUUUAGUCCAUAAAAAUGUGGCAGGCAUUGCACAAGAUAUAUUACGAUCUAAAGAUAUUACUUUGGUUUUGGAUGUUAAACUUUCAGUAAUGGAACGUUUGGCACGAACUCUGCAAUGUGAUAUAGUUCCAUCUAUAGAAUCAAAUAUAACAAAACCAAAGUUGGGACUUUGCGAUGCCUUCUACAUAAAUAGUUAUAGUGAUGGCAGUGGUACAAGUAAAACUCUAAUGUUCUUUGAAAAAUUAAAGUGCCCACGUGGAUAUACUUGCUUACUACGCGGUGGCAACAACAAAGAACUAGCGUUAGUAAAAAAGGUCGCCUCAUUUUUGGUUUAUGCGAGAUAUAAUUGGCGUCUAGAAAUGUCAUUUUUGCUUGAUGAAUAUGCUCAGCCUUUGACACCCAAGCCACCUAUUUUCGAUUCAAAAGAACCAACUCCAGAAGAUGAAAAUGCUAACACUUGUAUUAUGAAAGAUGAUGAACCACAAUUGCGUUCUGGGAUAUCAAAACAGAUUAAAGAGCGAAAAUCAGAAGACAAAAUAAUUACAGUUGUAACAGAAAAUGUUUCGGAUUUCACUGAUCCCUUACGUUCUACGGCCAUUAUAUCAGAUAAAGCCUCACCAGAUAAUUCGGUUGGUGAACUAGCUGUUGAAACACGUUACGAUAAUCGGUUCCGCAAUGGUUUAAGUUCAACAACCCUGUCUGUUAGUCCUUUUCUUACCUUUCCAUUACCGUAUCUUGAAACUGAACAAGGUAGGAAUUGUUCAUUACGUUCACUCUUUCCAACAGAACUAUAUUUCUCAAAACUGUGGUCAACUAACUGUGCUAGUAACUGCAAUAAUAAUAAUUUUAAUCUGACGGAAAACACAGAAACUUUCAAAAUGUGUAAUGAAUCGCUAAUAAAACCACCGCAUCCGUUUUUGGAAAUGAAGAUAACAGCACCAAUAGAAAAUCGUAAAAUACAAACUUUAUUGGCAGAAUUUCGAGCUAAUGGAAGUCGAUAUCCUAUUAAGAAAAAAAAAUUUAAGUUACUAAAACGUCGAGAAUCUUACCAAUGUCCGCAAAAAAUUAGCGAUGAUCAUGUGUACAAAGAUGCUUUGGAGUUACAAAAUCAUCAACGCUUGCCUGUGCUUUUUUGUAUGUUCUAUUUUAAUCCCAAAGCUGUUUCAUCUUUUUGUACACCUCCAAUAUUACUUCAUAUGAAAUUUUAUGGUCAGCAGGACAUAAUGUUGGGACAAUUUCUAGAGCGCUAUUGUUCUCAUUUCUCUUCCAUAUGUACUCGUUGUAACUUACCUGAUUUGGGUCAUGUGAGAAGAUAUGUACAUUCCAUGGGAUCUGUAGAGGUAUUUCUUACUGAAGACAGUAUGAAAACUGAUCCAAAUCGUAUUUAUUUUUCUGCUUGGUGUACAAAAUGUAAAGAAGUAACACCAAAUGUUCCAUUAUCUGAUAAUACUAAAUACCUAUCUUUUGCGAAAUAUUUGGAGUUGCGUUUUCAUGGUCACGCGUACAAAAAACGACCACUAGAGUCAAAUAAUGAAAACUUGGAGUUAAGUCCCAAAUGUGAACAUUCUAUUCAUCGCGAUUAUAUUCAUUGCUUCAGCUAUCGAGGAGUAUGUGCAAAAUUUCAGUAUACUUCCAUUGAAGCCUGGGAAAUUGGACUUCCUGCACUAUUAAUGAAUGUAACAUACCCAAGAAAUUUUGACCAUUUUAAAACGCUUGAAGAAAUAAAAGGUUUUUCAAUGAAAGGUCAUGAAAUAUAUACCAGAAUUCACGAACGCAUUGCUGACUUAGCUAUUGACGAUGAAAAUUCGCCACUAGUAGCAAUCUUUAAAACUGAGCUUAGUAAGGAUCAAUUUAAAUUCAAACAACAAGUGGAGAUUGUACAAACACUACUUACAGAUCCCAAAGCUAAUGCUCACGAUAUUAAUGACUCUUUACUUAUGUCAAAACGCAUAUUGGCAGAAAGCAUAGAUUUAUGGGACCCACGUUUACAAGAAAUAACAAUUGCUCAAAAAUCGGCGACGAAACAACAGAAUAUAGAUGCAAGCACCAUUUGCACAGAAGAUUUACGACCAAAUCAAUUAGAUAUUUCGCCAACCAUUCCUGAUGUCAGCAUACCUCCUACUGAAAUAGGCUGUGAGAAAUUAUCACAAUUAGGUGAUAAUAACGACGCAGACAAUAAUGCUAAUCAGUCAAGUGUUGACAAGAAAAAUUUAGUAGAUCAGUUGGCAAUAUCCACGGCAUCCUCUGAUAAAAAAACAAUUAAACAAAUUUUAAGUCAACUAUUGCCUUCAGUACCGCAUGCUUCAAAUUUGGAAUCACCAUUUACUUCUCAAGAACAUUAUGUAUUACCCUUAGGAGCGUUUCCAAUAUUAGUUCAUGAACAAGAUUUAAGUUCUGUAAUUGCAUAUUCCCUAACUUCUUCUGAUUACCUACGGUUAAUUAACAAUUCAAAUGGUUUGAUAUAUGAAAACAAUGACUCAGAGGCCAAUAUUGCAACAGGUGGAAAUUGUGGCACAGGAAAUCAAUCAAGUCCAAAUACUAAGAGAAAGUCACAAGAAAGCGGAUCAGUGUAUAUUUGUCAAGAGCGUGAUGAAAAUGUGAAAGAAAAUAUACCAAAAGUGCAUAACAGUCAUACAAACUCAAAUAGCUCAUCACACUGCAAUGAUGAAGAACGCAAGAAUCCCAAGCAUAAUUCGGAAAUAGACAUAACAUUUCAGGAGCACAACACACAAUUUUCUUGUAAAAUAUAUUUUCCCAGGGAGUUUGAUUUGUUGCGCGCGAAGACGUUUAAAGUUCCAAAAUUAGAAAAAUCACUUUAUAAAGAACUCGAACAAAGUAAAAAACGUGAGGAACUGAAAGUAUCACAGAGUAGAAGUGGACCAGAAAUAGAGUUAGUGCGAAAGCCAAGCGAUGCAUGUAAGAGCCUAAAUACCAACCCCAACAAAGAUGAUAAAUUCUUAUUGCAAACAGAAGUAGAGUUGUCUCGUAACGCGUUUGCACGUUCUUUAUGCAGUAGCGUUCAGUGGGAAGCAAGAGGCGGUAAAUCAGGAUCCAAAUUCUGUAAAACUUUAGAUGACCGAUUUGUGUUGAAGGAAAUGUCGAAAACCGAUAUAAAUAUUUUCGAAAAUUUUGCACCAAAUUAUUUUGAAUACAUAGCAAAGUGUCAACAGCAAAAUCAUCCAACGCUGUUAGCUAAAAUUUUUGGAGUCUAUAAAGUUAGCGUUAAGAAGAAGGACUCCUAUCAAGAGAAAACUUUACUCGUAAUGGAAAACCUAUUUUAUGGUUGUGAUAUAAAAAGCAAGUUUGAUUUAAAAGGAUCCGAAAGAAAUCGAUUGGUGGAUCCGUCAAAUAAAACUGGAGAAACUGUGCUGCUUGAUGAAAAUUUUGUGCAAAUGUCUUGGUCAAAACCUCUGUAUGUGCUUUCACAUAGCAAAGCUGUACUGAAAGAUGCCAUUAAUCGGGAUUCCACAUUUUUGGGAAAGAAUUAUGUAAUGGACUAUUCACUCUUAGUCGGUUUAGAUAACAACAAUGGGUUACUUGUAUUAGGUAUAAUAGAUUACAUCCGCACAUACACUUUUGACAAAAAAGUCGAAUCGUUUGUGAAACAAAAAAUGACACUCGGCAGCACUGGAAAAUUACCUACAGUUAUACCACCUGAACAAUACAAACAACGUUUUGCAGAUGCUAUGGAUCGUUAUUUCUACACAGUUCCCGAUCGUUGGGAAGGUCUAUCGAAAAUUUGAUAUUUAAAUAAUUUCUAAAAACGUGGAAAUUUAAAAUGAAAAGAUAUUUGUUUACUCAAUUAUGUUUUUAACUGUUUGAAUUAUGUUUCUUAUAUGUAUUUAUUAAGUGCAC